UAGUGUUGUCGUAGAGUUGGUGUGCAUUGAGUUGUGAGUGAGUGAGCGGUCGAUGAAUGCAAGACUCCAUUCAGUGUAACGUUUGUCUCGACUCUCGCUUACAAUACAUUGAAUUAGUAUUCGUUUGAUUGGAUUUGAGACCCAAUUUGUAUGUGAUUUGUGUCCACACAUCGAUUGCAGGCAUUGUUUGUGAUGUAUUGAUAGGUUUGGUGUGAUUAGUGAUGACAUUGGGAACCGUUGCCAUCGCUGGCAUCACUGGCACUACCAUUGAUGUGGUUGUGGUGUGAAUAGUGUUGGAUGUGUUGAACAGUUGUAAUGCCAGAGAUGUGGUGCACGAGUGCUGUCACCACAACCUAUCGGUGCUGUCGGAGCAGUGCUUUCGUAGCCAUUGUGGUGACCAUCGCUUCCCUCUCUCUGUUGUCCACAUUUUCCUAUGGAUUGAGACGCCAUUGGAAUCAAUACAACACCGAAAGCCAACAAUCGGUCCGACAUCACAGGGAACAUGUGCGAGAGUUCAGUUGCGGUCGAUUUCAUUACCGGACUUUCUAUUUGGACGCUGAAAGGGAUGCGCUAUAUGUGGGAGCGAUGGAUACGAUAUAUCGUUUGAAUCUAAACAAUAUAAAUAAGACUCGAUGUGAGACGGAUUCGUUGUCGUUGUCACCAAACAAUGUGGGCUCCUGUGUCUCAAAAGGCAAAUCAGAGCUUUACGACUGCAGGAAUCACAUCCGAGUGAUUGAGCCCAUCGGCAGUGAUAGCAAUAAGUUAUAUAUUUGUGGUACUAAUGCUCACAACCCUAAAGAUUGGGUCAUUUAU